GGUGUCGUGCGGAAGACGGGGUACCUCGGCCCCGAGGGGGCGGGCGGACAGGCGGGGGUCUCCGGCUGCCGCGAGCAACCCCGAGGAGUUCACGGGAUUUUUCCUUCUUCUCUCCUCCUUCUCCUGCUCUCUCCUCCUCCUCCUCCUCCUCCUCCUCCUCCUCCCCCCGCUGCUCCGCCCGCUCCCCUUCCCGCGGCGGGCCGGCGGCCGCAGCAGACGCCGCGCUGCCGUGAGGAUGCCGCAGCUGCCGGGGGCCGGGGGCGGCGGGGGGGACCCGGAGCUCUGCGCCACCGACGAGAUGAUCCCCUUCAAGGACGAGGGGGACCCCCAGAAAGAGAAGAUCUUCGCCGAGAUCAGCCACCCCGAGGAGGAGGGCGACCUGGCCGACAUCAAGUCCUCCCUCGUCAACGAAUCCGAGAUCGCCCCCGGCGCCAACGGGCACGAGGUUUCCAGGCAGACUCAAGCACAGGAUUCCUACCAUGAUAAAGGCAGAGAACACCCCGAGGAAGGAAAGCAUCCAGACAAUGGCUUAUACAGCAAGGGACCAUCAUACUCUGGUUAUUCUGGGUAUAUCAUGAUGCCAAAUAUGAAUAACGACCCAUACAUGCCUAAUGGAUCUCUGUCGCCACCCAUCCCCAGAACAUCCAACAAGGUGCCCGUGGUACAGCCUUCUCAUGCAGUUCACCCCCUCACCCCUCUUAUCACCUACAGCGAUGAGCACUUUUCCCCGGGGUCACACCCAUCUCACGUCCCCUCUGACGUCAGCUCCAAACAAGGCAUGUCCAGGCAUCCUCCAGCUCCUGAUCUCCCUACCUUCUAUCCCUUGUCUCCAGGGGGGGUUGGACAGAUAACACCACCUCUUGGCUGGCAAGGUCAGCCUGUAUAUCCCAUCUCGAGUGGAUUCAGGCAGCCCUAUCCAUCCUCACUCUCAGUCGACCCUUCCAUGUCCAGGUUUUCACAUCACAUGAUUCCUGGUCCUCCAGGCCCUCACACAACUGGAAUCCCUCACCCAGCUAUUGUAACACCUCAAGUAAAACAAGAACAUCUGCACAAUGACAGUGAGCUAAUGCAUGUGAAGCCUCAGCACGAACAGAGAAAAGAACAAGAGCCAAAAAGACCUCAUAUUAAGAAACCUCUGAAUGCUUUCAUGUUGUACAUGAAAGAAAUGAGAGCAAACGUUGUAGCAGAGUGUACUCUGAAAGAAAGCGCAGCUAUCAACCAGAUCCUUGGCAGAAGGUGGCAUGCUCUCUCCCGUGAAGAACAAGCAAAAUAUUAUGAACUAGCUCGUAAAGAAAGGCAGCUACACAUGCAGCUUUAUCCAGGCUGGUCUGCAAGAGACAACUAUGGGAAGAAAAAGAAGAGGAAGAGAGAAAAGUUGCAGGAAUCGGCAUCAGGUGGGAAGAGAAAUGCUUUCUCAACUUGCAAAGCAAAGGCGGCGACACCAGGACCUCUUCUGGAGAUGGAAGCUUGUUAAACCCUAGGUGUGUCCUUCAUCCGCACAGACCACCCCAAGGAGUCUGUCUAGGAUGUCAUUCACCCUGAUGUCACUGCUAGAGACACUGAAUCAUAAAGACAAUCACUGCCAAAAUCCUUCACAAUCACAAGGUCCAGCCCCGAUAUAAAUAGAGCAAAUGAGCUCCUGGGUCAGCAGAGCAGCUUUUGUCUUCACCUCUGCCUUGCACUCUUAAGCCCCCGUCUCAUCUGUGUCCAUAUUGAGUCAGCAAACACAGUAGCAUGGCUGUCUGUGCCUGCUUCAGCCAGCAGAAUUACGUAGACCACAACUGCCCCAUACAGCACAUCGAGGGAUGGAAUUUGCCUGGACCAGGAUGACGCGCUCAACCUUCUUUUUAUUUAAUGGUGCGACAGGAUCAAUUUUGGUUUUAGCUUUUUUUAAGAAACUUGAAUGCUUUUAUAUUUUAACUUUUAGUUUGUAAUUUCUUUGGUGUAUAUUUUACUAGGUAUGAGCUUAAACAAGUGUCAGAAAUCUGAAAUACUUUUUAAAUAAAAGGAAUUUUUCUUUUUUUUUCUGCCAGAGGAAAAACCUGUAUGGAAAAAAGGUGGCUGUUUUGUUAAACUAUUUGUAACAAAUAGUGGCCUCUCAGUCUAUAUAAUACAGUGUCCUAUAGAACUAAAUAAAUGUAACAACAGUCAGCUGGUCAGUAGACAUGUUAGUCUUGCAUCAUCUACUCUGUAAACAUAAGCAAUACAUCCAGCAAAUCUGACUGCAGUGAGUUCUCCUUCUCACCCAUUCCCCUUCUCCUUGUAAAAAGCCCAGCACUUGAAUUAUUACUUCAAUUGUUCUGUAUUUGUAUCUGUUUUUGUUAGCCUGUUAGUGGGAUUUUAUGCCAGUUGUUGAAAUGAGCAUUGAUGUACCCAUUUUUUAAAAUAGUAAGGCACAGCCUUUGCCAAAAAUACUGUCAACCAAUUUUUUUUUGUCAUUCCAGUUUGAGUUAAUGUGCUGAGCAUUUGUUUUUUAAUAAAAGCUUUGUAAUAAAAUGAAAGUUAA